CACCCCAGGGCCCGGGCCGCACUACCCCCGCCCGCUGGGUGCCUCGUGGGGAGGAUUCACCCGGGGCUGGGGCGGCCCUGCCCACUCCCCCGACGGAGGGUCCCCCAGGCCGUGCGCCCCCCCGGGCUGGCGUCGGCCCGGGCCCGGGCCCAGCCCCCGAGCGGGGCAGGGGGGAGCUCGGGGUGCCGCGCUCAAGCCCCGCAGGGGGGCUGGCCCCCACGCCCCCGGUGCCCCCCAUUUAUGCGAGCGCCCCUCCCCCCGCCCGCCUUGACGUCACUGGCCCGGGGCCCCCGACCGCCACGUGUCCCCCCCCGGGGGAAGCCCGGCCACGCCCCCCCCUUCCACCGCAGCUGCUGAUUGGCCGGGCGGGGUCUCAACGUUCGGGCUCGGAACGCUGGCGGGCGGCGGCGGCCGCUGAUUGGCUGCGCGGCGCCGGCGGGUGCUGCAGCACGGCCCGGCCGGGCCACGGAGCCCCGGCCCCGGCCCCCGCCCCGGGGCACCCCCGCGCCGCCGCCAACGCCAGCCCCCGCCCCGGCGCCCAGGGAGCAGCCCCCCGGCCCCAUGGGCACCCCAGCCUCAGUGGUGCGCGACCCCCCGGCGGGGCCAGGACCGGCGCCGGCCCCCCGGCAUCGCAAGCAGGCGGCCGCUAACAUCUUCCAGGGCGUGGAGCUGCGGGAGCUGAGCAGCCUGUUCCGGAGCAGCGGGGACGCGCGGGCGGAGGAGCGCGCCCGGCUGGUGUGGGAGCAGGCGGGCGAGCAGCGCGUGGCCCGGGCGCUGCACCGGCUGCGGGCGCCGCGGCGGAGUCGGCGGCUACAGCUGGCCCAGCUGGGCCCGGCGGACGAGGACGACGUCGGGGCGCUAGCGCUGGAGCAGCUCAGCAGCCUGCGGAUCGAGGAUGGCGGUUCCCCCCGCGCAGACCCCGAUGGUGCCAGGAGGCUGAGCGGGCUCGGUGCGGACCGGCAGCACCCCGCCACGCGCGCGCAACCAGCCCGGAGCCGGCGGCCAAGGGGGCUGGGGUCCGGCUACCUGCACCUGCUCCAGCGCUGAGCGGAGCAGGCCGUGCACCCUGGCCGGGGAGUGCUGGAGGUGGGAAGGGGACAGCGACCCUGGCCCUGGGGGCAGGAGGAGAAGUGCAAGGGCCCAAGCCAGUGGCCCCCACCCUGCCUGCUCCUGGAAGGGGUGGGUGAAGCUCUAGGCGCAGAUGCAAGCUGGGUCAGCCCAUGCCAGGAUCCCCUCCCCACCCCACCCCACCCCACCAACACUAACCAGGGCCUACGGGUCACCGCCAGGAGCUGCCCGGGGCCCCGGACCUGCGGGCAGCCAGGUUGCGCCCCGUCAUGGGGGAGCCAGAACCGCGCAUUCCCCCAGCACUGAAGGGACCUGGUCCCAGCCGGCACCGGGAGGAGAAACACUACGGGUUAUUUAAUGCCUUGAGCUGAGUAUUUAAUAAAAGCCUGAGCAUUA